UGAUGAAUAGUAUAACACCAAAUUUGGUGUUACACUAUUCACUCAACACCAAAUUUUGUUAUGAAAAAUUGUGCCAACACCAUUUUGGUGCACACGUUGGAGCAGUUUUCAGCGCCAAUUUGGAGUUGCGCUGCAUUUGCCGCUCCAUUGGAGCUGCUCUAAAUGGAAUUUCCCCCUCCCACUCUCUCUGUCUCUUCACUUUCGCCGUCGACAUCCCUCUCUCUGUCUCUUCACCUUUGCCGUCGACGUCCCCAUCUCUCUGUCUCUUUCACCUUCGCCGCUAUGUCUCCAGCAACCGCCGGGUCCGUCUCUCCUCCGCCGCUGCGUCGCGUUGUCCAACAGCCGCCGGAUCCCUAUCGCCUCAUUCGCUGCGUCGCCUUCUCCAGCAACGACCAACAUCUCCGGCGUCCCCAACACUGCCGGCCUCUCAUUCGCCUGGUUUGGAUCUGACAUACAUAUUCCUCUCUCUCUCUCUCUCGACUUCCCCCCCCACUCUCUCUGUCUCUUUGCAGUGGCCAAGACGGCGACCGAGGAAGCAUAUCACAUCGUCAAAACAGGGGGUAUUUCUCAACACAAGCUUGAGAAUUCGAAAUAGCCUUUUCACGACUCUAGUAAAGCAAGCAGUAGGGAUGCUCUUCAAUAGCAAGGAAGAUGCUUUUCCUGCUAAUGGAAAUAUUGCUGCUUUUGGAGGGAUUUAGAGGCCAACAUUCUUAUUUGCCGCUUGCAGCAGUUUUCAUACAACUCUUCUAGCAGUAAUAACUUGAAAGUUCAAGGAAGGUGCUUAUUGGGGUAAGUAACAUUCAAAUUUGGAACUAGUUAAAUGUGAGAACUUAUUUAGUGGAUGUCGAGCAGCUCUCGUGCGAUUGGUAGCAUGAUUUACCGGAAAUGCACUGCCAGGAACUAUAGCUGGAGUAUAUGUAGGAAUGGAAUAUGGCGUGGAGAGAAUACGUGGCACCAAGGACUGUUUAAUUUCUACAGUUAGCUGUUUAAUUUCAUACCAUCUUGUCGUCCAUGUAUAAAUUAAAAAUUCUUUUCAAAUUCCUCAAGGACAACUAGCCUCUUGAGUUCAUGUUGAACUUUGUAACACGUUUUAAUGUUUUGGCUCGUCAUUUUGAGUUUGAGCAAGUAAUCUUUAAUUGACUACGUCCUUGUCUCGUACAUUCUUUAUCUUUCAAAAUUUCAUGUGUUGUAGAAGAAUGCAAUGCUUGUAGGCACCUUGACCGGGGCUUGGUAUCUGCUGCCAGCAACAAUAACGGAGACAAGAUUUCAGAUCUAACUCUUAUAAUGUUUUAAACAGAAUGUGAUUGUUAGUUGUAUCUGACUAACCUUUUAUAUGCUUAGGUCAUCCAACUUCAAGGCGAUCAAAGGAAGAACGUCUCAACCUUUCUUAUUCAGGCUCGCAUUGUGAAGAAGGAAUAGAUCAAGAUUCAUGGUUUUUAAGUUGCAGCAGAAACGACAGAUCUUCUGUCUCUGUGCAACUGCUGCCGUAUCCGAGUAUAAACUGCUGUCAACAUUAUGUGUUCUGAAUCUAUGUUCAGCAGCAGCUGGUAGUCCUAAUGUUGCUUGAACAUGUUACUCUUAUAUAUCCGUUCUAAAUUCUCUGUUUUCAUAUGUUCAUUUUCAGACGAUCACAAGUUAAAGAAAAAAUGCUUCAUUC